AUGACGCAGCAGCCGGCUGCUUCGACUGCUGAAGACACGCAGCCAGACUCAGUCACGAUUAACAUCAAGUCCACCAACGCCAAACACACUCUGUCAGUGCCACUUUCAAUCACAACUCUAGAGCUGAAGAACAAACUAUCUACUCCGGAGUAUGCCGGCGUUCCAGCAAGCUCUCAGCGCUUGAUCUACUCGGGUCGAGUAUUGAAGGAUGGAGACACGCUCGAAUCGUAUAAGGUCAAAGAUGGCAAUACAGUACACCUUGUCAAGAGUGCACCUAGCAACCAACGCCAGAAUCCAGAAAGCCAGUCCUCACGCACCGCAACCACAGAUUCAACAACCGGCUCAAAUGUACCUCGACCCACUGGCGUACCCUCCAACAUCGCAGCCGGCACAGGAAACAACCCAUUAGCAGGACUAACAGGUGCUCGUUAUGCUGGCUUCGCACAGUUACCGGGUGCAGGACUGUUUGGGCCAGAUGGAGGCAUGGGACCGCCACCAAGCCAGGAGCAGAUGAUUGAAAUGCUUUCAAAUCCGGCAUUCUCCCAGAUGAUGAACGAAGCCCUGCAAAACCCCGCAAUGAUAGAUAUGAUGAUUCAGCAGAAUCCUCAAUUGCGGGAAAUGGGUCCUGCUGGCCGACAAUUCCUGCAAUCAGAGCAGUUCCGACGGAUGGUGACUGAUCCACAAUCGUUACGAGCGAUGGGCCAAUUACAAGCUGCUAUGGGCAUGCGACCCUUUGGUGGAGCUGAUGGUGGAGGGCAAGAAGCGUUUCCCGCCCCAGGAAUCACAACUACAACUCCAGCCGAGAACAGAGAAGCAGGGAGCGAGUCACAGGAUAACAACCGGGACAAUGGCUCGACGAAUCCGCCUGCUACCAACAACAGGGGUGCAACAUCAAACCCUUUUGCAGCCCUCUUCGGCAUGCCCCCUACGACCACAAACCAACAGACCACUGAUACUAGCUCAUCCACGUCACAAGCUCAGAAUCCAUUUGCGGCCCUGCUCGGGAUGCCACCAGCAAACCUUAACCAACAACAGCAACAACCGCCUGGCCAACAAGGCAAUGAUUCUUCGAACAAUCCACCUGCGAACCCCUUUCUCAACAUUCAAAACAAUCCUCUCUUUCAGAACCCGGACCUAAUGAACCAAUUUGUCCAAGCCAUGGGAGGUGGCGGUGCAAGCGGGCUCGGGAAUCUAUUCGGUGGUAACCCUGGCGCUACCAACCCUCUUGCAAAUCUUGGAAGUCUUUUCGGCGGGCCAGGAAUGGGCGGGCCGGCUGCACCACCAGACAACAGACCACCAGAAGAGCGAUACGCAACACAGCUUCGACAGCUGAACGAGAUGGGUUUCUUCGACUUCAACAGGAAUAUUCAGGCGCUUCAGCGUAGUGGCGGAGAUGUAAACGGGGCAUUGGAGUUCUUGUUCAGCCAACCUUGA